CAGAGCCCAGGAAGGCCUCUCAGAGGCGUCCUGGCAACCCAGUACCUCCCUUCCUCACAGGCUAGCAACUGUCACAGACUCCAGAGCAGGCUCUGGCACUAUAGUCUAGGAAGGAAUCAGUCAAUCUCCCAUUUACUCUUCUCUUGUCUUGAGGCACCGUGGCCCCUGAGGGGACUCUUGGCCGCAUGUGACAACGGCCCAAGGCAGAGGGAGACUUUAGCCUCCUGCUGAUACUUCUCGGCAGAACACCUCUUUAACAGUUGUUAUGACGCUGGACUCCUCAGUGGCAGAACAGAUGACCCACCUGACACUGCGACUCCUGGAACAGAUGCUGGAACAGGAACGAGAAAGCAUGGCCAGAUCAGGACAGCAGGAAAAGCCAGACAGUGCCCUGCAGAGUGCUUUGAGGAGAAGGAAGGACCUUCUACAGAGGCUCUGGGAACAGCAGCUGAUGGAUGAGAACUCCCCAGCCCAUGCCUGGAGGACACACGGAAGAGCCAUGGUGCCAGCCCUGAACCCAGAGGUACCUCCUGUAGAUGUCUUUCCUGCGGCCUCCCCACCUUUGCCCAGACCCCCAGAGCCACCAAGGAUCAUCCAGCACCAGGUGCCCCAGCCUCCUGCCACCAUAAUUCAGCAGCUGCCACAGCAGCCUCUGAUCGCACAGAUUCCUCCUCCUCAGGCCUUCCCCUCUCACAGAUCGGGAAGUAUUAAGGAAGACAUGGUGGAGAUGAUGCUGAUGCAAAAUGCACAGAUGCACCAGAUCCUCAUGCAGAACAUGAUGCUCAAAGCCCUGCCACCCGGGCCCGUGGGGCCGCGCGCUACGCCCCUCCAGGAUCAACAAUGGAUGCACCAUGGAGUCCAGCGAGCUGAAAAGCCAAAGCCACCCCCGGUUCACCACCACCACCACUAUGCUCCUACCGCCCAGCUGCAGGCUGUCUCCACACCUGGCGCCCCUUCAGGCUAUACUGGGUGGCCUCCAGUGGUGGCAGCUACUGCCCUCCCACAUGCCAGCUUCUUGCCCACUGUCAGCCACUUGACUGAGCCAUCUACCUCCCAUCCUAGCUACGCUUAGCA